CUGCAACCCCAAAACCUCAGCUCAUCCAGCGCUCACGUCCUCGAUCUUCUGAAAAUGACGAAAGCAGCUUCGAGACAGACGGCUACCAGCGCCGACGCCAACGUCAACACCAAAGGUGGUAAGAACACUCCUACCGCAGCGAACGCACCUGUGAAACCAGCCAGCGCUAAGGCAACCGCAGCAGCGACGCAGGCUGUCAAGUCUACUGCCACUGCCGAGGCAACUCCAACACGUGAAGUGCAGUUGGCAGGCAAGGCUAACACCAAGACCGCAAACGCUGGCAAGAACGCUAAUGCCGGUAAGGCCCAGCCGGCAACGAAGGACGCGAACACCAAGGGCUCAAAUGCCAAUACGAGCGCCAACAAGCCUACAAACAAGGACGCCAACGCCAAUAAGCAGCCAAAGACAUCCAAGAACGGCAAGCCGAAGCAGCCCAACACAGUCGGUGUGAGUUUCGUGCUGCGUCUGGUGCUUGGUCUGGCACCGGAGAAACGCGCUUCAUGUCAGCUUCUGCGUGAGAUCGUGAGCCUCGAGAAGAGCGGUCGUAUCGUGCUCACCUCGUCGAAUAAGGGCCUUCAGCAGGUUAUUGGCGGUUCUGCGAAGACUGACGACUGCGGAAAGCUCGACGACAACCAGAUCCGCCAGAUGACGCGACAGUCUCAGUCGGACAAGUUCCAGGAAGCCAUGCAGCAGCUUGGUGGUGAACAACUGUACGAUGGGAUCCGAACUCUGCUUAAGGACGCUGGUGACGUGUCUGUGUGGGACGACACUAAAGACAAGUAUGCGCUUCAGGAAAAGAACAUCCGUCCGCGUGCCGGAUCGGCUGAUAAGAGUGUGAAGCCACAAAAAGAGACCACCAAGCAGCCAGUAAAGAAGAGCGCAGCUCCUCAAGUACAGAGCGUAAAGAAACACCAGUCGGAUGGUGCCGAGAAGACGGCACAGACUCCACCACCGGCACCGGCGGCAAUCAAGAAGGAAGACGCGUCGAAGAACAAGGGGAAGCAGUUGAAGAAUGCUGCUCCCGAAAAGAAUGCAGCUCUGGAGAAGAAUGCGUCCCCAUCAAAGAACGCCAUGACGGGGAAGAACGUGACGCCUACAAGCACGCAGAAAUCUGGUGCCAUCGUGAGCGGUGCGCGUGGCGGCCGGGCUGUUGUUUCGAAGGCUAAUUAGAGUCCUAAUCCGAGUGUACGAACUGCGAUCUUUAGCUAGUACUGGAUUCCGAAGAAGCAUUUGCCGAAUAAUAUAAAAAACACGAAUAACUUUCA